GUUCAUGAGGGGGUCGUGGGCUCGAGUUUUUAGGCCCGAAUGAUUUAAAGAAAAUGAAAAAUGGGUUUUAAUCGACGAACCGGGCCUUACGCUUGAACCCGUAAGAGGCGAGUUCAUGCCACGCGUCGGGCGCUGAGUGGCUUCUCCUUUCCGCGUUGACGACGAGGUCGAAAGGGUUUCCGCGUAACGCGAUUCAUUUGUCUCCUCUCUGAAAAACCUAGGGUUUCUUUCCGCGGAGGCGACACACCGUGCGACGGCGAAUUCCGGAGGUUUUCUCCAUCAAAUCGACUCUGUAAUCUCUUCUCGACGCUCUUAGGUCAGUAUUACUUAGAUUCACAGUGAGUUAGCGUCGAUUGAAUGUUCGAAAGGGAUUUGCGAUUUGUAUGAUUUAAAAUCGAUUUGGGGUUUUUUUUUUUAGGGUUCUUAAUCGAUAUGGUAGUUCGAUUGAGGGUUGAAUUGGUUCGAUUUUGUGGUGGAAACUCGAAACCGUUUUCUCGGAUUUCAAUUAAAAAUUGGGGCUUUCGCGUUAGGGAUGUAAAUCGAAGUCUCUGUUUCGAAUAAUAGCUGUAAAUCGUCAUGGUCGUUUCAUGUAGGGUUCGUUUCUAUGAAUGUUCGAAAGGGAUUUGCGAUUUGUGAUUAAAAUCGAUUUGGGGGGUUUUUUUUAGGGUUCUUAAUCGAUAUGGGAGUUCAAUUGUGGUAAUGUGUGCUAAUAAUCUGUCGUUAAUGUGUGCUAAUAAUUGCGAUUGAGGGUUCACGGUUUGUUUAAAACUCGAUUGUUGCAGAUGGAAACUCCCCGAGAACCUCAUUUCUUCAAGCCUCUUCUUCCUGGUUUUCACAGUGGCGUGGCAAUACCACUUGAAUUCUACUCAAAACACAUACAAGGGGCUGAGAUCAAUAAACCAUGGAAGCUAAGAUCGGACGCUUCGGAUCAAAUUUGGGAGGUGAUCCGAGAAGGCAGGACACUCACCAAAGGUUGGAAAGAGUUCACCGAAGCACAUGAUCUUCGAAUCGGUGACAUUGUCAUCUUCAAACACGAAGGAGACAUGGUCUUUCAUGUGACACCUUUUGGUCCUAGCUGUUGUGACAUUCAGUAUACACAUCCUCACAUCGUUAAGGAAGAAGCCGACGCGGAUGAUGCUCCUACUUUCUCAUACGACUACUGUUUCUUGGCUGAGGUUACUGCUACAAAUCAAAAGGACGACAAAAUGUUUCUUCCUGUGGAAGCUAUGAGGUGUGGUGCUUUGAACCAACAAUGCAAAGAGGUCAAACUUGUCAACAAGGAGGGAAAGUCAUGGACUGCGCGCUUCGGAUUUAGCGAAUCAGACGGCGCAUAUUACAUCAGCAGAGGGUGGAGAAAGUUCUGUCGUGAUAACAGAUGCACCAACGGAGAUUUGUUUGUGUUCAACGUGGUUGGAGACGGGACGACAACUCCAUUACUGUGUGUAUGUCCGGAAAGGAAGGAGUGUACUGAACUACUGAUCAAGCACUUCAGCAGAAUCGAUGGUAGCAUUGCUUCUACCUCACGAAAUUAGAUGGCUCUUUUGCGGUUUUUCCUCUCUAUCAUCUGAACUUGUUUCUUUUUGUUUCAUUAGCAACUUAUCAACUUAUGUAUUUCGGUUUGUAAAACUUGAAUGGUUUUUCUAUGUGAACUUUUAUGCUAAGUUAAACAUUCUCGAACUUAAUUGCUUUGUUGAAUGCGUAGACUGAUCAUCGAACAAAAUGUUUCUAUGAAUUGAAUUUAAGUUAAGAAACAACAUAAACUCCAAAACUCUAACAUACCUUUUCUACAUCUGAAAACACAAACCAAAAUAUUAAAACAUAUCUCAAAACCAAAACUUAAACUCCAAAACUAAAACAUAGGUUGAAUAAAAUGUUUUCAUAAAUUUUAUAAUAUAUUUUAAUAUUGUAUUCAUGUAUUCUGAAUAAUUUUAAAUUUUUUUAAAAAAUUAAAAAAUAUUAUUAUUUUAUUCCUAUGAACUCCUUCUUCGGGUUCACUAAUGCAGAAAACAACAAAUUCGGGUUCAUAACUGUUCAUGGACCCACAAAAAAAUAUUAAAAAAUUUUGGUGAACCCCUAAGUGGGGUUCACCAAUGCUCAUGCUCUAAGUACUUCUUUCUCUAAAACAUGUGCCGCUUUUCACAUACCCUCUCCUUCUUUGAUCUUUCCAAUUGUAUACCUCUCUCUUAUUCCUUCUUUUCUUUACUUCUUUUUUACUUAUGUUCUUCUUUUUAUUUGACGUUGUAACUGUACCGAUAUAUAGAGGAGUGUUGCGAUCGUCACCAUCUCUUUGUCUCAAUCAUCAACCGCUCUUCUCACUACAAUCGCUCGACGUCGGAGUUAUCACAGUCCACUGAAAAGCUGCGCUGUCACUGCGGAGUCCAUGAUUCUAUCGCCACUCUUGUUGUCGUGUUGUUCAGUCGUGUGCCAAAAGAAAAGUGCUGUCCAAAGAGAUGUGAUCUGUCAUUGCUCUUCAUCACCGUGAGUUAAGCAAAACCGAAGCUCACAGCCAUGUUAUCAGCUACAACCUUUCCGACGGAGCCACCAUCAUCAACCGUGAGGUGAUGUGCUCUUUAUCCAGUUACUUGUGCUGCAAGGUCUGUUUGUUACUGUUUGUUUCUCUGAACUUAUGGUCCUUGUGCUUGUGCUCUUUCUUGAAAAAUGGUCCAUGUUUUGUUGCGGAUAGUAGUACGGUUGUUUCGUUGUUCUGGUUUGUUUAAUCUUCCCGUGUUUGGGACUUCGUUUCUCCGUGUUUGGAGCUUCGUCUCCGAAGGUUUGGAACCUGCCGGCAAUUGUAUUUCAAAACCGUAUCUCAUCCUUGUCAUUUUCCAAUGUUAAUGAAAUUCCAGUGUUU